UGGGGGGGGGGUGCAUCUGAGUUAGCGCUGCGCGGCUGAAACCCGGCGAGCGAGCGAGCACGUUGUCAAAGUGCUUCUCUUUCACUCAUCUAAAAGAAUACUUUUUGUACAAAAGCAACUAAAGCCUGAGACAAUCGACCUCUGCGAGUACCGAAGAAGAAGAAAUGGUGAUGGAGAAGCCAAGUGCCCAGCUGGUCGGGCGAGAGUUUGUCCGACAGUACUACACACUCCUCAACCAGGCGCCCGACUACCUGCACAGGUUCUAUGGCAAGAACUCGUCGUACGUCCACGGCGGGCUGGACACGAGUGGAAAGCCUCUGGAGGCCGUCUACGGGCAGUCGGACAUCCACAAGCGCGUGAUGGCGCUGAGCUUCCGCGACUGCCACACCAAGAUCCGUCACGUGGACGCGCACGCCACCCUGAACGAGGGCGUCGUGGUCCAGGUCAUGGGGGAGCUCUCCAACAACAUGCAGCCCAUGAGGAAGUUCAUGCAGACCUUCGUGCUCGCUCCGGAGGGUACGGUGGCCAACAAGUUUUACGUGCACAACGAUGUCUUUCGCUACCAGGAUGAAGUCUUUGCGGAUUCGGACUCGGAACCACCUGAAGAGUCCGAGGACGAGGUGGAGGAGCUCGAGGAGCGCGUUCCCUCUCCGGACGCCCUGGCCGAAGAGUCCGUCCCUGCUUUCUACCAACCUGCGUCCAUUACGGAAGCAUUACACCCCGCCGAUGAGGAGGAAGCGGCGGCAGCGGCGAGCCCAGAGCCGGAACCCCAAGCGGAGAAGGAAGCCGAGGUCGUUGACACGGCGGAGCUGAAGGACGUCGCGGGCGCCACCCCCGAGACGCAAAGUGAAGCGCGUGCGCAAUCGGGCAGCGAGCAGGCAGACAAGAACGCCGAUGCCACGGCGGAACCCGCCGAAACGGCGCCCGCCGCGCCGGAGGAAAACCGGCCCUUCUCGUGGGCGUCGGUGACCAGUAAGAACCUGCCGCCCAGCGGGGCCGUCCCCGUGUCGGGCAUCCCGCCACACGUCGUCAAAGCCGCCCCCGCCGCCCCGGUGCGCGUUGACGUCAAGUCAGAGACUCAAUCAGCGUCACAGAGACCUCCACAGCGGGACCCCCGACCGCGAGAGCAACGACCGGGUGCCCCUCCCCCCGCGCACAGAGGACCACGCCCGAGUAUGCCCCAAACUGGAAGUGAUGUUGUCAACAGCAGACUGCACUGUGCCAACUUUUUUUUUUUUUUUUUGCUUUCAGUUCGUGAGGGCGAGCAAGGUGAAGUGGAAGUCCGACGGAUGGUGCGUUACCCCGACGCCCAUCAGCUGUUUGUGGGGAACGUACCGCACGCCGUAGACAAGAGCGAACUCAAGGAGUUCUUUGAGCAGUACGGGACGGUUCUGGAAUUGCGGAUCAACAGUGGUGGCAAACUUCCCAACUUCGGCUUUGUGGUGUUUGACGACUCGGAUCCGGUCCAGAAGAUCCUGGGCAGUCGGCCCAUCAAGCUUCGCGGCGAAGUGCGUCUCAACGUGGAGGAGAAGAAGACGCGUUCGGCCCGGGAAGGCGAGCGGCGGGACGUGCGGCCUCGGGGGCCGGGAGGACUCGGAGGUCCUCGUGAGCGCAUUGGUGGUGGCCCUCCCAGGGGCCCGCCCGGCGUGGCCCGCGGGGGAGCCGCCCAGAAGCCCAGCUUCGGUUCCGGCCGCGGCGCGCCCCCCAGUGAGGGGCGCUACUCAGCGCAGCGCCCAUGAGGCGGGAGGCUGCGACGUCUUGACGAUUGGACUUGACCAAAUUGACAGUGAAGCGUCCUUCAUGUCUUUGGAUUUCAGUUUAGUUUGCAGAUUUUGGUCGCGUCACUGUCCCGCCCUCCCGGAUGUGUCCUGUCUUGUGUGUGUGUGUGUGUAUUUUUUAUUUUUUUUUCCCCCACCUCUGCCCCUUUUCCCCUCCAAAGCGGACUGGAAGUGGGAAGUGGACUUGAAUCUCCCGCCUGUUCUGUUCCUUAAAGGAACGCUCUUUUUAGCGAGCUUGGCGCAUCCAGCUAAGCCCGCCCUCCACGCAACUAAAUUAAAGUCGGUUUCUCUUUUAAAAACCUG